AUGAGAGCAGCUGUUCUCAUCCAGAAAUGGUACCGUCAGUAUGUCGCUCGUACAGAGAUGAGAAGAAGAUGCACCUGGCACAUCUUCCAGUCCAUCGAAUACUCAGGAGAACAGGCUCAGAUUAAGCUCUACAACUUCCUUGGCUACCUCAUGGACAACUUCACACCGUCCAGCAAUGAGCGAAAUUUAAUUUCCCACAUCUUCAGAGAGAAUGAGGUCUGUCGUGAUACGGAGUGGGAGAGAUACUUCUGUUUCGAGAACAUCGAGGUGCCAGACGUUUACUCAGGACCUCGUCUCAUCUUCCCCCUGACGGUGGAGCAGGCGGUGGGGCUGGUGGAGGCCUUCAGGGACAAGAGACAGCAGCUGCAUUCUCGCUACGUCCUGCAGCUCCUACUAGAGACCUGGAAACUGAUGCGGAUGAUGCCUAACAUCAAUCGCAUCUCCACCUGCCACAGUAAAGAAAUCACAAUAUGUGGUGACUUACACGGUCAACUAGAAGACCUGCUGUUGAUUUUCUACAAGAAUGGUAUGCCAUCCCUAGACAAACCCUAUGUUUUCAAUGGAGACUUCGUGGACCGGGGCCAGGACUCCAUUGAGAUCCUCCUCAUCCUCUUUGCGUUCCUCAUCGUCUAUCCCCACGAUGUCUACCUGAACAGAGGAAACCAUGAAGACCACAUGGUUAACCUGAGAUAUGGCUUUACAAAGGAGGUGCUGACCAAAUAUAAGCUUCAUGGUAAACGGAUCCUGAAGCUGUUGCAGAAGAUUUUCAGCUAUUUACCACUGGCCACGGUGAUCGACCAGAAAGUACUGAUUUUACACGGGGGCAUCUCAGACACCACUGACCUGGGAGUCAUUGCCAGAGUGGACAGACACACAGUGAGGACAUGGGACAUGAUGUUGGGUAAAAUACCUGACACCUGCAUAUUUGUCUUUGUCCAGUAUGUGUCAGCACUAAGGCCUCCAAAGAAGAGAAACAUGAGCUCAGGUAACCUGUCCAUCGACUCUGAGGCAGACGAGGACUCCUGGUCCAGCAGUAAGUUCCUCCAUCGCCGGGCGUCCCUUCGUUACUCCAACAACACCCUGGGAUCUCGUAACAGCUUCCACAACCGCUCGCUGCAGGACUUCUCCAGUCGGACCAACGUGAAUGUGAAGGAUCAGCUGGAAUUCCCCAGGAAAAGACAAUCUGCCUUCAUAGCUGUGUUCAAGGAGGAGACGCCGCCACCUGUGUCCACUGUCAACAGUGACACGGUCCAUGAGGAGUGGAAGCAGAUCCUGGAUCUGCUGUGGAGUGACCCCAUGACCCAGCACGGCUGCAUACCCAAUGAAGUCCGAGGAGGGGGCUGCUACUGGGGGCCUGAUGUCACUGAGGAUUUCCUGAACAGACACAACCUCCAGCUCAUUAUUCGCUCUCAUGAGUGCAAACAGGAGGGUUAUGAGUUUUGUCACAACAGAAAGGUCCUUACUCUGUUCUCUGCCUCUAAUUACUACGACGUGGGCAGCAACCGGGGAGCCUACGUCAAGCUGGGCCCGAACCUCGUGCCUUAUAUGAUUCAGUACCAGGCCAGCAGGCUGACCAGAGAGCUCAGUGUCAGACAAAGUGUCGGACGAACUGAACGCUCCGCCCUCAAAGUCCUUCGAGAACAGCUUUUUUCCCACAAAUCUGAUCUCGUGUGUGCCUUCAGAAAGUACGACAGUGACGACACAGGUCUGGUGUCUCUUACUGACUGGGCAUCUGCAGUGGAGAGUGUGAUGCACCUUGGUCUGCCCUGGAGGAUGCUGAGCUGUCAGCUGGUCACCAAUAAAACCAGUGACGGCAUGUUGAACUACUACGACUGGUUCAAUGACCUCGCCAUCAAAGGACCAAACACUGAUCACAUUGACCAGAGUCUGCUGGAGACCUUGUAUCGUCACCGCUCUACUCUGGAGACCAUAUUCAGAAUAGUGGACACGGACAAUUCAGGCUUUAUCUCCCUGGAGGACUUCAGGAAGACCUGGAAGCUGCUGAGCGUCUACUUGAAAAUGGAAAUCACAGACGAGGCCAUUUCUGACCUGGCCAUUGCCAUUGACAGCAACCAGGACGGCAGCAUUGACAUCGAUGAGUUCAUGGAGGCCUUCCGCCUCACGGACAAGAAGAGCCGACUAGAGCGAGGCCGCAGCAUGUUCAUGGCCACCGCCACUGACCUGACUAAACUGGACGAGGAUCCCAACAUCUAAACAGCAGUAAGAACGUGGAACAGGGCGAGAGAGAGCCUCAGAGCAGCCCCUGGCUGCUUUGCUGACAGGCACCAUAUUGAGUAUAUUGGUCACAUGGUGUGACCCAUAUGGGAUCAAUUUUUCAGUCGAUGAGAAAAAUGAAUUUUUCAUUAAUUUUAAAUAGAAACAAACCAGUUCAAUUCAAACAUCAUCAUGUCAUAGUCUGCAUGGUUGUUACAGUAACAUUACUGUUGAUCCCUGUUCACAUCUGGCUGUAUUUAACACAGAAUAAAUGUAAAGAGUAAUGUUUGCAACAAAACUGCAUUCUUCUCUUUAUUUCAACAGCUGAGAAUAUUAUAAUAAUAAUAAAAUGUCUAUGUUUCAACAGUUUUCAAUCCAUUUAUUUCAAUAAAUACCAAAUAACACA